AUGCAGCAGAAGUUGAGACAAGAGAUUGAGUCCCAAAUCGGAGACCGAAUGCCAACACAUGAGGACAGGAAUCGAUGCCAUUAUGUCAUGGCUUUCAUCGCUGAGACCAUGAGAUUCAGAAAUGUGAUUCCCGUGAGUCCAUUGCAUAAAACUGUUGUCCAGACAAAAAUAGGUGACUACACGGUGCCAAAGGAUACAGCAGUAACUUUAUAUCAUCACAAUAUACUAAAUAAUCCAAAAUAUUGGGAAAAUCCCAAUGAGUUAAUACCGGAGCGAUUUCUAGACAGUGACGGCCAAUACAUGACAUCUCAUAAUAAAGCAUUCAUACCCUUCGGUGUGGGCCGUCGGGUCUGUUUGGGCGAGAAGUUAGCCAUCGCUGACCUGUUCCUGGUUUUGGUCUCAUUUCUUCAAUUAACACAACAAUACGAUAUAGUUUUGGCCAAACACUCGGGCGAUCCCGUUAUUGUCAUAAAUGAUAUUGAUUUGGGUAAAGAGCUGUUCCGCAAGAACGAUGCCGCCGGACGUUAUAAUAUCUAUCUAUUUGAGUUGGUAAACAAUGGGAAGCGAUCGGAUAUAGUGGGCGCCGAUUACGGCCAUACGUGGGAAGCGCUCAGACGUGUCGGUCAUUCAGCCGUUCAGAAAUAUUCAACGAGUGAUAAACUAGUAUUACUUGUGAGGGAUUGUGUGGAGCGGACGGUAGAGAUGAUGGUCGACAACGAGGGACUUAAUAAGCCAUUCGUUGCCACCGAUUAUAUCUAUCAAAUGUUUUUCAAUAUCCUGUCCACCAGUGCUUUCGGCAAAAGUUACGACACAAAUAACAAGGAAUACAAGCAAAUCAAAUACGUUAUGAAAGAUUUUAUGCGUGAAAAUAGCACUAAAUUUCUAUUACUACAAGUGCUUCCAGUGGCCCGAUAUGUGUUUAAGGGUAUGGCAGACAAACAGAAACGCAUUAUGAAUGAUAUGUUAGAUAUGUUGAAGAAUAAGUUUGUCAAACACUACGAGGACUUUGACGAGUCGUCUCAACGAGACUUUUGCGAUGCACUCAUCAGUGCUAAGAAUGACGCCCUCAGAGACGGCAAAGAGUCCGCACCCUAUCUGACCGAUGAUAACCUUUCAAUGACUAUAUUUGAUCUAUUCUUCGCCGGAACCGAUACCUCUCAACAGACAUUUCAAUGGCUUUUGUUAUUCCUCUGCUAUUAUCCAGAAAUGCAGCAAAAGUUGAGACAAGAGAUUGAGUCCCAAAUCGGAGACCGAAUGCCAACACAUGAGGACAGGAAUCGAUGCCAUUUUAUAAUGGCUUUUAUCGCUGAGACCAUGAGAUUCAGAAAUGUUGUGCCAUUGAGUCCAUUGCAUAAAACUGUUGUUCAGACAAAAAUUGGUGAUUAUACUGUGCCAAAGGGUACUGCAGUGACAUUAUAUCACCACAAUAUACUAAACAAUCCGAAGUUUUGGGAAAAUCCGGAUCAGUUAAUACCGGAGCGAUUUCUGGAGAGCGACGGCCAAUACAUGACAUCCCGUAAUAAGGCAUUCAUCCCCUUCGGUGUGGGCCGUCGGGUCUGUUUGGGCGAGAAGUUAGCCAUCGCUGACCUGUUCCUGGUUUUGGUCUCAUUUCUUCAAUCAACACAACAAUACGAUAUAGUUUUGGCCAAACACUCGGGUAUAGACCCCGAACCUAAUAUUGCCGACAGUAUAAAUCCUAAACACUAUGAAAUCAAAUUUGUUCACAAAUUACAACUUGCAAAUUGAUUAUUUACAAGUUAUUUAUAUGUUUAAUUAAUUAUAAAUAU